AUGAAGAAGCUUAGUAAUUAGAUGUAAAAGAUUGUUGCCCGAAAUAGUUUUUAAGACUCCCCAUAAAAAUUAGAAAAGAAAAAUAUUAAAGCCAUUACUGGAACAGUAAAAACAGAGAGACCUAUAGAAAAAGCAAAAGCAAAAUUACUUGAUUAUUUUAAGAGGGAAAGAAAUUCUUUGGCCUAAGAAACUAAUAAAAUAAGAUCUAAAUUAUAAGGUAGUAAAAGUAGUGAUAAUGUAUAUCUGCAAACAUUAAAAAGUGAUAGAGUCAAAACUUCAUAACCUAAUGUAAUUUGAAGAUUAUUAAAUUUGAAUAGAUAGCUGAAAUGCGUGUUUAAACAGAAGAGAGUUGUAAUUCCAAAAAGGGAACUCUUAAAAACAAGAAUCUAUCAUUAGCUGCAGUAUCAUUAGAAGUAAUUAAAAAAAAGAUUAUUAUUUAGAAAAAAGAAUUGGCUAAGCAUCCUUUAACAACUAAAACUUCAUAUAAUUAGACUCCUACAAAUCUAAAUAAACCAUAAAAAAAAAAAUAACAAUAAAAAGACUAAUACUUAUUCGAUAUGGUAAAAUAAUUAAUAUAUUAAAGUUGAAAAAUGCUUAAAUGAUUUAAAACUAAUAUUAAAAGUACUUUAAUUAAAAAUUAAAUAAAUAAUCUAUUAUUUCAGAUGCAUCCACUAAUCAGAGAUAAUCAAUAGAUGAUAUUUUAAUCAAUUAAAAAGUCACAAAAGGUACUUCAUAAAUAAUACAGUCUAAAAUAAUCAGAAAAACAGAUAAUGAAUAAAAAUCUUUAAAUUAAGGAAACUCAAAAACAGAACAAACUCCUUAACCCAAACAAAAAACCAAAACAAAGAAUGAAGAUAUAUUAGAAUAUGAUCCUAAAUAAAAACUUUAGAUAAUUUUAUAUUACAAAAAUUAAAAGUAAUAAAUUAUAUUAAUUUUAAUAGAUAUUAUUACCUUUUUGAAUAUGCUAAUUAAUCUACAUGCGAUCUCUUUAAUUAUUUGAUCUAAUAAAUAGCUAGCAUUGAAAAAAACUAUGUACAAUAAGAUGGAGGUACAGGUUCUACGGAUGAUGAUUAAAUAUAAGCUGGUAUUAUUUGAAUUUUAUUUUAGAGAUCAAAAAAAUUUGCUAAUUUUGCACAAUACAAAAAAAAGUUCCUUUUGAUUAUUACUUAUCUCUCCCUGAUAUGAGUUUGUUAGUAUUUUAAGGAAAUACGCUUUCGUUAUAACCUAUGUAUUCAUAACCUUAAACUACAAAAAAAGUUGGCUUAAAAGAUUUUUAAUUAAUAAAAUGUAUAGGUGUUGGAGGUUUUUCAAGAGUUUAUUUAGUUAGAAAGAAAGAUAAUGGUAUAUUCUAUGCAUUAAAAUUGAUUGAUAAAAAAUUUAUUAUUGACAAUAAAAAAGAAAUUAUUGUAUAAAAUGAAAGGGAUAUAAUGGUUAAAAUGAAGAAUCAAUAUAUAAUACCCUUGCAUUAUGCAUUUGAAUCAAAGUUUUAUAUUGCAUUUGUUUUAGAAUAUUGUGCAGGAGGUGAGUUAUUUUAUCAUUUAAGAAAAUUGAAAAAGUUAAAUGAAUAAGAUGCUAAAUAUUACUUUGUUGAAAUUUGUAUAGGAAUGGCUUAUCUACAUUCUUAAAAUAUUGUAUAUAGAGACAUCAAACCAGAAAAUAUCUUAUUAGAUUUAUAAGGCCAUUUAAUGUUAAGUGAUUUUGGACUCUCUAAACCUGGUAUGGCAGCUGAAGAUUUUGCUUAUUCAUUUUGCGGUUCUCCUGAAUAUAUGGCUCCUGAAAUGCUCAUGAAAACAGGUCACAAUUAUUUAGUUGAUUGUUAUUGUUUAGGAGCAUUACUAUAUGAAUUAGUUUCAGGUCUACCUCCUUAUUAUUCUCAUAAUACUUAAGAAAUUUAUAAUUCAAUCUUAACAGAAACCAUUUAAUUUCCUGAUUAUGUUUAAAUCUCAAAUUAAUUAAAAGAUUUGAUACUUUCCCUUCUUGAAAAGGAUCCUACAGAAAGAUUAGGAUAAAAAGAAGGUGUUAUUGAAAUUUUAACUCAUCCUUGGUUUAAUGAUGUUGAUUUUGAAAAAAUUAUUAAUAGAUAAUUACCAACUCCUUAUAAACCAGAAUCUUUAAAAUAUAAUUUUGAUGAAGAAGAGUUUAACAAAGGUGAUGCAGAAUUUAGGAAAUAGUUUGCCAUCAAUAUGUUAAAUGAAUUUCAAGUAAUAUUAUUAUAAUUAAUUUUUGAAAGAAUGUUGAUACAGCAAAAUAUCAAUUAUCAAACUUUUACUAUUAAAGAGAUUAAUAGGAGGAAUAUAAUAAUAGAAAUUACAUAGUAAAUGUCAAUAAAUUGUAAACCCAAUUUUUAUAAAAAGAGCCUAUAUCUCCUCCAAAAUAAAUAAUAAAUAAAACUAAGGUAUUAUAGAAUACUUUAUAUUUUAGCAUUCUCCUUAAGAAAGUAAAAAGUCUUUAAAAACAAAUAUAAAAAGUGAAACUCAUGAUUAUUUUAAGAAGCAUAAUCUUUUGACUAAGCCUUCUUAAAUAAUGUAAGAUUCUCUAAAAACAAGCCAUGGUUAUUCGAAAACAUAAUAAAAUUCUCAAAUUUCUAUUUAAGAAUUUAAAGUAACUUAAAUCUAUAUAUUUUAAGAAACUGAAACUUCUAUUUGAUCAAUCAAAACAAUUAUUAAGUUCAGACAGAUUAACAACAAUCCCUGAUUAAAAUCAAAAGAAUUAAAUUGAAAGAUUUAAAACAGAAUAAUUUUGCAAUUUACCAUCUCCUAAAACAACUACUCAUAGUACUGUUAACAAAUUAAAUAAAUAUUAGAAGUUAUUUGGAUCAGAAAAGAGAAAAAAAUGA